UAUAUCAUAAAUAUAGUGCAAUAAUUUUGUGAAACAAUAAAAAUAAAUAAACAUGAACAGAAUGAAACAUGUGUCAAUGGUUGUUCCACUUUAGACAAACAGGAUAUUUGACACUUUUAUAGACUCAUAAAACUGGACUGUACCGAGCCAAUCACUGGUUACACUUUAACCAGAAAAACACACACACACAGUAACACACACACAGCCCUGGGUCAGUCUGCAGUGAAAACCUCCACCUCAGCUCUGUCCUCAUAUGGACUCUACAUCUGAACUUCGUCCUCAUGUCAACAGUCCAGUGGAUGUUCUGGGUCCUUGGAGACGUCACCAUGACGACAGAGAGAGGAACUUGAUGACGUUGAAUGUGCUGUUGCUAGGUGACAGACAGAGUGGGAGGAGCUCCGUGGGAAAUGCUCUGAUUGGUGGACAUGAAUUCCUUACAGGUCCUCAAAUCUUGGGUGUUUCCACGACAACAGAGUACCAGGUCCUGAGUCGAAACUUCCCGGGUUUUUUCAGACGUCAGGGGGCGGAGUCUGAUCUCACCUUCAGAGUGACUGACACGCCUCCUCUGACAUUACUCUGCCCCGAGAGUUUGCAUCAGCUCUGUCCUGAUGGCGUGCACGUAGUUGUAGUCGUUGUGAGAGUGGACACAACACAUGAACACACACACCUGGAACAACAACUGGAGCACCUCUUUGGUGCAGGUUGGCGUAGCCACGCCCUCCUCGUCCUUACACAUGCUGACCAUCUGAAGAAGGCGGGUUUUCAACCUUCGGUCUUCCUCACAAAGGCCCCUGAUUGGCUGACGUCACUGGUUAACCAGGUAAAAGGCGGAGUCUUGUUCUUAGACAACAGCUCUGAUUGGCCGUUGAUGGCAGGUCAGCCAGUCAGAGAUGGAGUUCUCCGCGUCUCGGCCGGAAACCAACACAGAGCAAUAAAGGUCAGGACGGAGGUCACAUUCUGACCAAAGAAAAAUGAUCACAACCGUCCACAAAUUAUCAAAGAAUUUCAAAACAUCGUCAGCAAAUAUACUAGAAAUACUUCAAAAACCAAACACUUGAAUUAAAUAAUAAGAUAGUGUUUCUGUGUAUAUCAAAAUGUUGAAAAAUCAAAAAUCAUGAUGACUUUUUUUAUUAUUAACCCAACUACAUAAUAUUUAAAGGGGGAAGAAUGUGAAA